AUGGAGUUUAUCGGUGUUCUUACUAGUUUAGCUAUUUACCUUAGUCAAGACACCUUCUGGACCAAAUACUCAAUUUGUACAUUAAGGGCGCCUAUUUUAAAUGGUGACCUAGUCCUGCUUUAUAACUGCAAACAAUCCCACUGGUUGAAUAUCCUUAUUAAUAAACAGGUAUGUUACCACCAAAUGACUUAUUACAACUGA